AUGGACGGAACGAAACCCCGUUCAUUUUAUAAUUAUAAAAUAAUCGGAGAAUAUUCGGAAUACAAAGAUUUCUACUAUAAAUUCGACUAUAUCUCAAUAAUAACUAUUAUUACUGCAAUAUGCCUUCUUCCAUCAUUUUGUGUGACAAUGAAAAUGUAUAUUUUCUACUAUUGCAAUAAGAAGAAAAUUCAGAAUCUAGGAAUACAUGUAUUGAAUGCUUUUCUAUUGUCACAAAUCUGGAAUUGUAUUUAUGUUUUCUCAGAUUUUGCAACAAUUCGAAUUCCUUCGACUUCUUAUAUGACCCAUUAUUGUGCAUAUUUACAAGACGAUAAUAUUCUUCAUCAUCUUUUCGGAGCACAUUUUUCAGCCUAUUAUAUUUCUCAGUUUUACACUCUACUUUUUUGUUUCAUACGAGUUCUUGUACUUUACUCGCCUAGAGAUCAUGAACGGGUGAGAAAAAACACAUUUUUAAGUGAAUCAGCAUUUUUUUUGAAGUUAUGUUCGCUCUCAAUGAAUAUAGGAUCACCAUUAGCACUUUUAUUCGGAGCUUUGAUAAUGGUUCCAUUUAUAUUGAGCACAGGCUACUGUGUACAACUCGAUGAGCCAUUUCAGUUUGGAGCAGCAAUCAUUAGCUCAACAUUUUUGCACGAUAACCAAGUUCCGAACGUUCUACAUCUUGUUUUCUCAGUUUUGAUUAUGGUUAUAAUCAUAGUUUUAAAUAUUUAUAUGCUGAUCAAGAUUAAGAUGAAUUCGAAAAUUCAGAUGUAAGUUAUGAUAUUUCGAAUAAACAUAACGUGGUAGAUUUCAGAGCAUCAAAUAUGCAAAGUAAUCGAAUAUCAAAAGCUGAGAAAACACUUACAGUAACCAUGCUGCUAAUAUUGGUCCCAUUACUGGUUUCAAUGGCAAUGAGAGUUCGUUGAAGUUGAUAGAAUAUAACUUAAUCAAUAAAACUAUUUACAGGGAACCGAUCUUCUUAGAUCUCCGAUUUAUCCCUAUAUAAUGAUUAUUCGACCAUUUUUUAUCGAUUUCAGAGUUAAUGUGAUUUCUUGGUAUUUCUACCUAACUCAUCCUAUGUUCAAGAAAGAUGAUGGAUCUAGGAAAACAACUAACGUUCAAAAAUCGCAAAUUGGAAGUUCUCCACUUUAA